ACGAUCCAAAAAAUCAACAGAUCACUUCAAAACAGUCGCAACAAAAUAUUUUAAAAGAAAAUAUCUUCAGUAUAUAUUGUUCUGAUAAUGACAGCGCAGAGGAUGAAGAAGAUCUUGGAAGAAAAGAAAGUUAUGGUGAUAAUAUCGAUAGCUUAGAACCUUCAUCGUUUCGUGCUUCGCUUGUGCACAAAAAUAUUCACAAAGGAAAUAAUGAUUUAGACGAUUCUGAAUCAGCGACAUCCUUUUCAUCUUUAGGAGUUUCCGAUAGUACACAGGAAGAUGUAAGAGAAAUCAUAGCCAAAAAAAUAUACGAAACGAGUUUCAAUGAAUUAGGUAAUUUUUUGUGUAAUUCAUCAUGCUUGCCUGAAAAUGACGAAUCUGGUGGAACACCCAACGAAACUUUCAACAACGGGAGUUUUUUAUCAAAUGUCGAUCAUUAUAUAAUCGACAAAACAUGUAUCGAUAACAAUGCUCAAAGGCCAAAACACUCGACCAUAACUUUUCAAAAUAAAUGGCCGUCGAAAAAACGAGGUUUUCGACGGAAGCCACCUGCGACGCACGAUGUCGUUCAAGAACCACCAAUGAAAAUUUCGAAAAGUAUAAAAAAAAGUGUAAAAUCUAAAACAAAAAAUAUCCUACAUCCCGACUUUCCGGUAGCGGAAGGUCGAUACAAGGAUCAAUCAUCAACAGUUAAAUUUGAAGAUUUAUUGGCGACAUUCCAAACUAAUGAUAAAUCAUCUAUGAAUGG